AAUACCUGCGACUGUAUGAAUCACGAUCAGCUGUGCGGCGUGCCAAGUCAAGGUGCUCAGUGUUACGGCAGCUGUCACCCGCGUUACACGCAUGUAACGACAGUUCAGUGGUUCGGCCGCCCCAUGAAACCCAAAAUGUGGCUGCAGCUGUUGUCCGUCUCGGACGGAGCGGAUUGUUACUGUUGUCGGUUGCACGUGCGCAGCGGGGUGGAGGAGCUGAGGAUGACGGCGGAGACCAACCCCGUGGCGCCGCCUGGCGGGGAGGCCAACUACGUCAAGACAUAUGACUCGGAGUACGCCCGCAUGGAAGCCUGGCUGGACGAACACCCGGAUUUCGUGCAGGAUUAUUUCCUGAGGAAGGCUACCCGCCAAGUAGUGGAUGCCUGGCUGGUUUGUCACUCCGCUAGCCAGCAGGGCUGUUGUGCUCCUGAUAUGGGGUCACCUGCACCUGCUGUCCCCUGCCCCACCAACCGUACUGGAUCCGGCGCCACUACCCCCGUCCGCAAGAUAUCCGCCCACGAGUUUGAGCGCGGGGGCCUGCUCAAGCCCAUUGUCAACACCAUCGACGGAACCCCCACUUUCCUCUCAGUGAGCCCCACCGGAGAGACCCACUCCGCCACCACCCCCUCUGCCACCCAGAGGCCACAACGUCGGUCUCGACAUGACCUCAAGCAUCUGGAUGAGAAGGAACUCAUCUUUGAAUUGGUGAAGGACAUAUGCAACGAGUUGGAUGUGAGGUCCUUGUGCCACAAGAUCCUGCAGAACGUGAGCACGUUACUUCAUGCCGACAGAGGGUCCUUGUUCCUAGUGCAGGGGGAGAGGACUCCUGCCACUGCCCCGCCACCACCAUCAACUAGACCCACCUCCGCACCUACUCGCAAGACCAGUAUUAGUUCACACAAUCAUAUCAGGCCUAUCGGCUGCCUGAGCAUUGAAGAACAUCCCACCAGGUCUUCCCAGGACUCCGGUUGCCCGGUCACUAUCGCCAGCUCGGUGGUGGUCGGCUCACCUGUUAUUGGCUCCACAAACACUGGCUCAAUAACGGAGCCUCUUCACACGUUCAGCACAUCGUCCACACACAUCCGACACAAUAGCUUCGGCUGCCAGUCACGCUGCCUGGUGUCCAAGCUGUUUGACGUGUGUUCUCGCUCCACCCUACAGGAGAUGGAGAAGAAAGAGGAGAUCAGGAUACCCUGGGGCACCGGUAUCGUGGGCUACGUAGCUGAGAGUGGAGAGCCUGUCAAUAUACCGGACGCUUACAAGGACGGAAGGUUUAACCAUGAUAUAGACGUAAGAACAGGAUACAAGACAAGAACACUCCUGUGUAUGCCCAUCAAAGACAUCAAUGGAGAUGUAAUCGGAGUUGCACAGGUUAUCAACAAGCAAGGUGAUUCUUGUUUUACUGCCAAUGAUGAGAAAGUGUUCUCAAGCUACCUUCAGUUCUGUGGUAUUGGGCUGCGAAACGCCCAACUGUAUGAGAAGAGCCAAUUGGAGGUGAAACGCAACCAGGUCCUGCUAGAUCUAGCUCGAAUGAUCUUCGAGGAGCAGAGCACGAUAGAACACAUGGUCUUCAGGAUACUGACGCACACCCAGUCUCUCAUCCAGUGCCAUAGAGUUCAGGUGUUGCUGUUGCAUAAGGCAUCUCAAGGCAGCAGCUUUUCACGAGUCUUCGACUUUGAAGCCACUGACCUCGAAGGGGAUGAUAGUGACGAGCGAACAAGCCCGUUUGAGAGCAGGUUUCCAAUCAACGUCGGCAUCACUGGCUACGUGGCUACUACAGGUGAGACUGUAAACAUUCCAAACGCAUACGAGGAUGAGAGGUUUGACCCUUCAGUGGACGAUGGCACAGGGUUCCGCCACAAGUCCAUUCUCUGCAUGCCCAUCAAAAACUCCUCUGGCCAGAUCAUAGGAGUUUCUAAUUUUGUUAAUUUUGUGUUACAGCUCAUAAAUAAGUUUGAUGACUUGCCGUUCACAAAAAAUGAUGAAAAUUUUGUCGAAGCUUUCGCUAUUUUUUGUGGUAUGGGAAUUCACAACACACAUAUGUACGAGAAAGCUGUAAUUGCUAUGGCCAAGCAAAGUGUCACCCUGGAUGUACUGAGUUACCAUGCUUCAGCCAACCUAGAGGAUGCACAGCGGCUUAGGUGUUUAAGAGUACCGGCUGCACAGAACUUCAGUCUUCAUGAUUUCAAGUUUGAUGACAUCCAUAUGGAUGAUGAAGACACGUUAAAAGCCUGUUUACGAAUGUUCCUAGACCUAGAUAUAGUGGAGAGGUUCCAUAUAGACUAUGAGGUGUUAUGUCGCUGGCUCCUCAGUGUGAAGAAGAAUUACCGCAACGUCACAUACCACAACUGGAGACAUGCCUUCAAUGUGGCGCAGAUGAUGUUUUCUAUCAUCACAGCUACUCAGUGGUGGAAAAUAUUUGGAGAAAUAGAGUGUAUGGCUCUCAUCAUAGCCUGUCUCUGCCACGACCUUGACCACAGAGGGACCAACAACUCAUUCCAGAUCAAAGCCUCUUCGCCCUUGGCCCAACUCUACUCCACGUCAACUAUGGAACACCACCACUUCGACCAGUGCCUUAUGAUUCUCAACAGUCAGGGCAAUCAAAUACUGGCCAACUUGUCGCCGGAUGACUACGCUCGAGUCAUCAAGGUGCUGGAAGAUGCUAUUUUGUCCACCGACCUCGCAGUGUAUUUUAGGAAACGAGGUGCUUUCCUGACGCUGAUUUCAGGAAAGUCCUACAAUUGGCUCCGGGAAGAUCACCGGGAGCUGCUGCGGGGGAUGACAAUGACAGUGUGUGAUCUGGCCGCUAUCACCAAGCCCUGGGAGAUUGAGAAGAGGGUAGCAGAACUGGUGACAAGUGAAUUCUUCGAGCAAGGAGAUAUAGAGCGUCAGACAUUAAACAUAACUCCAAUUGAUAUUAUGAACAGAGAGAAGGAGGACCAAUUGCCUUCAAUGCAAGUUCAGUUUAUAGACUCCAUCUGCCUUCCAAUUUAUGAGGCAUUUGCUGACCUGAGCGACAAGUUGCAACCAUUGUUAGAUGGAGUGUUGGACAACAAGGAGCAUUGGCAGGCCAUGGCCACACAAACCAACCAUGACAGGGAUCAGCCUGAGAGUUAACUCUUUCCUCCAUCAUAUCUCAAUAUGUUGGAAUCCUGACGAAGCCAAACUGGUGGACUGCACAUUGUUUGUCUGCUGCUUUGUUUUAGUAUUUUGUUUUUAUCAGGAAUACUUAAGUUAAUUUAAGACUAGGACAUUUAUGUUUGAAAUACAUGUUCAAAAAUUAAUGUUUUAAUGCCUAAUGUUUAGGUACAAGUGAUAUAUUGUGUACACUGGAAAAUGAGAUAUUGACAAAGAGAUGUAAAUAUAUUUAUCUUACAACCAAAA